CUCCUCACCCUCCUCCGGCAGCCCCAGCCAACCCGAACGCACACGUGUGUGGUACCGGAAAAACGAGAUGCAACGCUCCGUCUCUUCCCCUAUCUCCUCCGCCCCAAUACUGAGGUUCCGGGUGCCGCGUUCCUGUGGAGCUCACCGUAAAAAGGGAGAAGGGAAUAGAGAUGCCAGAGAGUGGGGGCCAGGGCAGGACGGGCAAGAAGAGAGCGCGGAGCCUGUAAACAAUUAGGUAAAGAACCUUGCCCGGGAAUGGAAUGCGGCCCGAUCCGGGCAGGGUUCCAAUUGUUUGUUGCAAUUUGUUGUAAAUGGUUAUUGCCCAGUCAGGCGAGGAGAUGGCUCCUUUUACUCUGACCUAAGCGACCAGGAAAAGCGUUCCGGGGCGCAACAGCAUCAGUUGGUUCGACUGCUGUCCUCCACCAGCCUCCCGUCUUCCUCCAGUUUGCAUGUUCCGCCAUCCACUUGCUUUGUGCCUUUCCCGUGCUAGUGCAUCUAGGCCCCGAGUCCCUUUUAUUAAUUGUUGUCCUGGAAACUGAAUCGGAAAACCUCUCCCCUAGCUUGGCAGUGAUUACAGGGAGAAAGGAUGGACCAUGAUUGAGGAUCAAAAUCUAUUGCAGAAUGAAAAUCUAUUCAGAAGGAAAGUGGAAUGGAAAAUGGAAAUCCCUUAGCUUUUAAUUUUAAUUUAAAAGGUCAGCUAAAGGAUGGCAGCCGAAGCACUAGGAAACCACAGCUGCCAUCUACUACAGCAGCUUCAUGAGCAGCGUAUCCAAGGAUUCCUGUGUGACUGCAUGCUGGUGGUGAAGGGUGUCUGCUUUAAGGCUCAUAAAAAUGUGCUGGCUGCAUUCAGCCAGUACUUUAGGACCUUAUUUCAAAAUUCUUCAGGCCAGAGCCGUGAUGUCUUCCAUUUGGAUAUUAAAAAUAUUGGUGGCAUUGGCCAGAUUCUGGAUUUUAUGUAUACUUCGCACCUUGACCUUAGCCAUGAAAACGUCCAGGCUGUGUUGGACAUUGCUCAGUGUUUGCAAGUACCAAACGUGCUCAGUCUGUGCUAUACUUUCCUAAAGGCUUCAGCAAAUGUCAUAGGUGAUAGCAGCAACUUGGCAGCUGCUAGCACUAUUUCACUGCAUGGAGCCCUGUCAACUGACACAGAGGAUAUGCUAGAGAAUACAGAUGGCUCUGAGAUAAACCAUGACUGCUCUUUUGGGAUACAGAGUCAUAUCCAUAAACCUCAAGAGCUGGGACUUUUAUUUAGACCACUGCCAGAUAUUUCUCAAGCUGAAAUAUCAGCGACUUUGCAGAACCAAACUCCUGGACUCCCAGACAGGACUACUUCAGAUUAUCCAAUGAGGCAAAAUGCUCAACAGCCUUCUAAAUUGUACAAUUGUUAUGGAAAAGAAAUGUUCAAGCAAAAUCUGUCACCUUUCUUCAAUAGUAAUCAAGGGGAGCAAAGAAGAGUGGAUCUCGAUGAUGGUAUAAGCGCGGCAGUAACCACAAAGGAUGUAUCUUCCCUUGAACCUACUGAAUGCAACAGUGCUGCUCAGGAACCGUCCUCAUCAGGCAUGACGAUGCACACAGAAGAAAGAUGGUCCUUUAGUCAGAGUAUGGGGAACGUGGAACCUCAACCAAUUAGACAGUUGCCUCAUGUGAAAAAGAAAGUCCCUCUGAAGAAGUAUGAUUAUUUGUGGCCCAAAAAACUGCUUGAGUCACCUUCUGUGCUCCCUAAAGUGAAUGAAAUAUCCGAAGCUGAGAAAGUAAAUGGACACAGCUCAAGGGAGCUCCCCAAAGAGAAUUUGGGACAAGGCGGUUGUGCCGGGGAGAAAGAUCAGGAACAAGUGAAACUGACUGACUCACCUUUGAGAGGGAGUGAUCUAGUACCAGUUAACCAUGGACCUGCUGGAGAUUCCGAGGAAGUUCUUGACCAAUCUUUAAAUAACUCAAACGUUCAGUCCCAGUUUUGUCAGUCACAGAAGCAAUAUUGUUGUGAACUAUGUGGGAAAACUUUUAAGCACCCGAGUAAUCUAGAAUUACACAGACGUUCUCAUACAGGAGAAAAACCAUUUGAGUGCAACAUCUGUGGGAAACACUUUUCACAGGCCGGAAAUCUGCAAACUCAUUUACGACGACACUCUGGUGAAAAGCCAUACAUUUGUGAGAUCUGUGGUAAAAGGUUUGCUGCAUCUGGUGAUGUGCAACGCCAUAUUGUCAUUCACACGGGUCAAAAACCUCAUCUCUGUGACAUUUGUGGUCGAGGUUUCAGUAACUUCAGUAAUUUAAAGGAACACAAAAAGACACACAGUGCAGAUAAGCUGUUUACUUGCGACCAGUGUGGAAAGUCUUUUAACAUGCAGAGGAAACUUGUCAAACACAGAAUCCGUCAUACAGGAGAGCGACCAUAUAAUUGUUUAACAUGCGGAAAGCGGUUUGCAGGUUCUGGUGACUUGCGUCGGCAUGUCCGAACGCACACUGGUGAACGGCCGUAUAAUUGUGAGACGUGUGGCAAGUGCUUCACCCGUUCUGCUGUGCUGCACAGACACAAGCGAAUGCACUGCAAGUACAACGGAGACCAUGAUGUAAGAAAUGAAGAGAUUGAUAGCUCUGAGGAAAACUAUCGACAACCUGCAGAAGCAAGGUCACCAGACUCUGAGCCGCUCAGCCAAGCUAUGCAAGUUGCACUAUUGCCAGUCUCUCCAUUAGACAAGCUUCAUGGUGACCCAGAACAGCCUGAAUCAUCAGCAACCAUGCAUGAAAACUCUCAUUCUGAAUACAGUUCUUUGGUUCAGCAACAAGUGGAUGAGCAUCAAAACAAAAUGAUAUUGAGUCCUGCUAAAACUCACAAGUCUCAAGCUUCCCAUCAUCCUCAUGUUCAUACUGUUGACAAUAGUUCAAGGUCUGAAGAGCCCCUGCCAUCUCAGAACCCCUCAACUGUGCGAUCGUCAGUGACGAGUCUGGACAUUCACAUUAACGUGCCCUUUGGAAAUCACACACCUAGUGUUUCAUAUCGAACAAAUGAAGGACCAUUCCUCUCUAGCCUAACAUUGUGGGGUUUGGCAAUGAAAACAUUACAAAAUGACAAUGAAUUAGAUCAAUGACAAAUUAUUAUCUUAAUUCAGCUAAUAUAAGCAACUGUUGGAAUGCACUCGAGUUUAUUUUUGGCAUAAUUGCUGAGAGGGAGAAAAAAGUCUUGUGAAAUGUAUUUUUGUAAGUUUUAAUAAAUGCAAUCUUAGAUAUUUAAUAGAAUCUAAUCAGUGGGAUCCACACAAUACGUGGUCGUGCAUCUUUUUAUAAACAAAAUUAACUAUCUUGAAACACAAAUGCUUCAACAGCUUGUUUUAAGUUAAUUGCAAUGAUCAUUGACGUUUAUCAAUCACUUACUUGUGGCGUUGCUUGAUUCUUUGAUUCCUUAUAAUCCUCAUUUUGAGAGGCAAAGUCAGGUAUUGUGAUUCCUUAAAAAACAUUUCAUGGAGUAGUUUUCCUUUUAUACAUCCAUUACACUCAAUCUCUUCGGAUCAUUAUUAUUUGUCACUGGAAUCGGCUGAAAUUUGUAAAUAUCACACA